AUGAUGGAUAAGUUUUUGUCUGACUACCCCCCGUACAAUAUCAUACUGCGAGGGAAUGGGAGCGCUUUCUAUGGACUGGAAGAUGUCGCGCUGCGGGGCGAGGUAGAGGGGCGCGGGCGCGGCACGGAGGCGUUACACGAGCUGCACUCCACAUUGCCGCCCGCCGCGCCCGACGCCUGGCACACCGUCUCCCUCGUCCUCAAGGGGCUGGUCUUCAUCACCAUCAUCCUCGGCGCCCUCUUCGGCAACGCGCUUGUCAUCAUCUCUGUCCACCGCCACAGGAAGCUCCGCGUCAUCACCAACUACUAUGUCGUCAGCCUCGCCGUUGCGGAUAUGCUUGUGGCGUUAUGCGCGAUGACUUUCAACGCUAGCGCGGAAUUGACGGACUCCUGGUUAUUUGGUCCGCUCGUCUGUGAUAUAUUCAACUCCUUGGAUGUUUACUUCUCCAGCGCAUCUAUACUGCAUCUCUGCUGUAUCUCCGUGGACAGGUACUACGCUAUCGUCCGUCCCCUGGAGUAUCCAGUCACCAUGACGCAUAGAACCGUCUGCUUCAUGCUCGCCAACGUGUGGCUCUGGCCGGCCUUCAUCAGCUUCGUGCCAAUCUUCAUGGGAUGGUACACAACAGAGGAGCAUAGACAGUACAGGAAAAUUCACCCAGACGAGUGCAUAUUCAAAACCAACAUGGUGUACUCCAUCAUAUCGUCGAGCGUAUCCUUCUGGAUACCGAGUUUGGUGAUGAUAUCGAUGUACUGCAAGAUAUUUCGAGAGGCAGUGCGUCAAAGGGAAGCCUUGACACGGACAUCGUCCAACGUGCUGCUAAAUUCUGUCCAUAUAAAGCAUACAUCGCAUAGCGCUCACCAUUCCCACUACUUACACCCUGACAGAAGACCAUCCGAUAUAAGUCCAAACUACAGUACCUUUACGGAAGUCGGUCCAGAGGAGGCUGAUAUAGGUGGGGAAGUGAUGAUAGCUUUAGGAGACAUCUGUCCAAGUAAGGAAGCGAGUCCGAGGAAGUCGGUCAACGUGAGCUGUGACACAGCCAGCUCGGGAUAUUGCUCUGGGGGGUCGAAUAAGAGAUCCUCGUCCAGCGGCCAGCCCCCACCUCCGGGGUGGCGGCCAAGCUGCACCUCCACGGUAGCAACGAAAGACUUCGCGAGGGCAUGCACCGAGUUGAAUAAUCAAGGUGCCACACUGCGCGCGGCGGGCAAGUCGUGGCGGGCGGAGCAUAAGGCGGCGCGCACACUGGGUAUCAUCGUCGGCGCGUUCCUGCUGUGCUGGCUGCCAUUUUUUCUGUGGUACGUCACAUCAAACGUCUGCGGUGAACCCUGCGAGACACCACCUGUAGUUGUCGGUGUCCUAUUCUGGAUCGGCUACUUCAACUCUGCGUUAAAUCCGCUAAUCUACGCGUAUUUUAAUCGCGAUUUUCGAGACGCGUUCAAAAAUACGCUCAUGUGUGCGUUGCCUUGCUGCUUCAGCUGUUGGAAAGACCCCGGAACGGCGUCCUUCGUGUAAUAUCGUGUCCCCACUGGCUUAGCGCGUGUGCGAUAGUUGUGAUGGCAGUGGGGGUUCGAAUCGCCUAUAUCAUUUGUGUAAGUAAAUCGAGUAUAAUUUGUAACUUGGUAAAAAAUUAUCAUUUGUGUAAGAAAAGUAUACUUGGUAAAAGUAGCGA